ACAGUAUACACGCUGGUCAUCUUACUCUUCUCAGCUCUGAACAAUAAGUGAUUUUAUAAAAGACAAAAGUGCAGCUCGACGAAAGUUGCAUUGAAGAAACUCCGAAAGUAUUAAACACUCGACAUUCGGCAGCUAUCCACGCCGCACACACAUCACUCCAGCGCAAUCCACUGGUUCCACUAGCUCCGACGGCUUAAUUUAGCUCCAUUAGCUUUACUAGAUCCACAAUCCAAUAACCAUGUCAUCCCGAAAGACCGCUGGACGUCGCGCCACCACCAAGAAGCGUGCCCAACGCGCCACCUCCAAUGUCUUUGCCAUGUUCGAUCAGGCACAGAUCGCCGAAUUCAAGGAGGCCUUCAACAUGAUCGACCAGAACCGAGAUGGCUUUGUCGAGAAGGAGGAUCUCCAUGAUAUGUUGGCAUCGCUUGGAAAAAACCCAACGGACGACUACCUCGACGGCAUGAUGAACGAGGCACCCGGGCCCAUUAACUUCACCAUGUUCCUUACGCUCUUCGGUGAGCGACUCCAGGGUACAGAUCCUGAGGAUGUGAUCAAGAACGCCUUUGGCUGCUUCGAUGAGGAGAACAUGGGUGUCCUGCCCGAGGAUCGCCUGAGGGAGCUGCUAACCACCAUGGGUGAUCGGUUCACAGAUGAGGAUGUGGACGAAAUGUAUCGGGAAGCGCCUAUCAAGAACGGCCUGUUUGAUUAUCUGGAGUUCACUCGCAUUCUCAAGCACGGUGCCAAGGACAAGGAUGAGCAGUAAGAUCGCCAGGAAUCGAUCACUUAGCCAGCUGCCUCUCCAAUCAGCCUGUCCAAACUAUACAUUUUCAUGAGUUUCGUUUUGAUAAUUUAAUAUAUAUAUAUAUUUUUUUUUUGCUUUCGCGCCUUCUGUUCUUUGAAUCCUGAAAUUCCUGUACUUACCUGUGCAUUUAAAUUAAACGAAAAGUUAGCCAGCACAAGCGAAUGUUAUGUACGAUAUUGUAGUGUGUGGAGUUAGAGCCCGAUAACACCAUUUUCCCGAAAAAAAAACCCUUUCAUAAGUAUUAACUCAUUGAAUAUACAUAUAUUUACCUAUAUACAAAUACAUACUUAUACAAGAAUGUGGCAAUAAAA